CAGCUUCGGUUCGAUGAUGUUUUCUUCCCAUUCUUUUCUUGUUUGCAGAUGCCUAAUUCGCACAAACCUCAUUUCUUGAAGCCUCUGCUUCCCGAUUUCCACAGUGGCGUGACAAUACCACUUGGCUUCUUCUCACAGCACAUAGAAGGGAAGACAAACCGGAAAACAUGGAAACUAAGAUCGGACGCUACAGAUCAAACUUGGGAAGUGAUACAAGAAGGCAGGAGACUCACCGGAGGUUGGAAAGAUUUCACCACAGCACAUGACCUUCAAAUCGGUGACAUUGUCAUCUUCAAACACGAAGGAGAUAUGGUGUUUCAUGUCACACCAUUUGGUCCUAGCUGUUGUGAGAUUCAGUAUACACAUCCUCACAUCAUCAAGGAAGAAGCCGAUGCGGAUGAUGCUCCUUCUUUCUCAUUUGACUAUUGUUUUCAGGCUGAGGUCACUGCUUCGAAUCUAAAAGAAGACAAACUUUAUCUUCCUGAGGGAGCUACGACUUGUACUGCUUUGAACAAACAAUGCCAAGAGAUAAUACUUGUCAACAAAGAGGGAAAUUCAUGGACUGUGAGUUUGCGAUUUAGCGAAGCAGACGGCAUGUAUUACAUCAGAAGAGGCUGGAGAAAGUUCUGUCGUGCUAACAGAUGCGCCAUAGGAGACUUAUUUGUGUUCAAUGUGGUUGGAGAUGGGAAAACUACUCCACUAAUGUGUGUAUGUCCGGAAAGGGAAGAGUGAUUUUGAACCUAAACUUAUGUAUGUCGAACCAGAAAUUUAUGUAUGUCUCUUUUUAUGGCUG